AUGACCAGCGCAACUCCAGACAACGCCAACCCGACCAUCCACUCGACCGGAGGAGCGUCCGCGUCUCGCCGCACCCGCCUCAUCAACCUCGACCUCGCCGACGCCGACGCGUGGGACAGGCUCGAGGACGAGCUCGUGUACGGGUCAGAAUGGGACAGUGCAGGGUCUGAGAGCUCGGCGGAUGAGGAACAGAUCGAUUCAGAGGAGAUCUUUGACCUCAUCCGCUCCAUUUCUGAUCCCGAACACCCUCUCACCCUCGAACAACUCGCCGUCGUCUCUUCCGAACAAAUCACCGUCAAUCACGGCAAGCGACCCUCCGUACUCGUCGAAUUCACGCCUACCAUCCCUCACUGCUCGAUGGCGACUUUGAUCGGCCUCUCGCUUCGCGUGCGGUUGCUGCGGAGCCUGCCGGAGAGGUUCAAGGUGGACAUCAAGGUGAAGGAGGGAACCCAUCAGAGCGAGAAUGCAGUCAACAAGCAGCUGAACGACAAGGAGCGAGUAGCCGCCGCGCUCGAGAACAACCAUCUGCUCUCCGUCGUUCAGCAGUGCUUGUCUACGGCCGACCAGCGCGGCAGGACCGCCUAG